AUGGCUGGAUUGUCAUGGAACAGUCCCAACCUGUGGUUGAGAGGUUUAGAAGGUAGGAAUGAGGGGAAGAAGGGGGAGGUGAUUUAUCAUCAGUCCGGGAUGGAGCUAAUGCAGAACUGCGAUCUCCCUCCACCGGUUAAGGUGUUUGCAGGGUCAGAUAAAACGGUCAUAUCAUCCAUGGAUAGGAUAUGCAGCAUGAUGGGGCGAGAAGAUGGAACAAGUGAUGAGACAAAUAUGGAGCUAUUAAGGGCGCUGCACCUUUCACAAACACGGGCUAGAGAGGCGGAGAGGAAGGCUGCGCUUAUUGCAAAGGAGAGGGAUUCUAUUUCCAAUGCUCUGCUGGAGGAGUCUCUGCAGUUAUUGGCGUAUCGGCAGUGGGUAAAAAUGCUUGAGUUUCAAGUUUCGAAGUUGCAAUCCCUGCAAACGAAACACCAAGAGCAAUGGAGUUCUGUUGGGAUGGGAGGAUCAACCAUGGGGGAAGAUGAUAACGAGGGGGGGAUGGGGGGCCGCGGUGUGACAUGGAUUAUGGCUUUGGCGUUUUGUUUGGGCAUUGCAUUUGGCUGCAAAUACUUGUUUUGA